AUGGCAAGCUCGAUUGGAAUCGGUUCUCGGCCGCUUGCCGCGUUAGUGGCCCUGCUGCAAGGGAUGCCCAAGCCCAUACCCGUCUUCGGUGCUACAUUUUCACCUGGCGCACGAUACGUCACUGAAGAGGGUCGGUCUCGGGCCCUUAUUAUGGAUCACCAAGCAGAUGACAGCCUGGGCCCAAGAAUACAUGGUGCCGUGGUUGUCAGUUGGGGUAUGCAUGCAGCAUUGGUGGCUGAUAGUGACACGAUGGAAUAUCGCAGAUUUGGAGCCGAUAGGUUCAAGAUGGCUGCAAAUGAACUUCUUUUCCCAUCCAGUGGUGCCGAGACCCACAGGUACACUGGUACGGUUACUUUCACGAAGAGCAACGGCCAAGCAGACAGCGAGCGUGUCGAAAUCAUGCAAACCCGGGAACACAUGUAUUUGCUAGUGACUUUGGUUUCAAGGCUUGAAGAGGCCUUUCUGAUUUCCCCCGAAUCAAAGCCGCUCGACGGCUGCCUUCGGAUGGUUCAUUUCGGUCCACUACCCCCGGAGCAUGCCAUGCAACUGAUGAGCGAUGCCUAUCGCGGAGGUCUGCAUGUAAAAGAUGGCCAUGUUUGCUACACAGAGAUUGCGAAGCUCAGAAUUGAUUUUGACGAGCAGGAUGAGAAAUGGAGACGGGUAUGCGUUGAUGGCAAAGUCAUUGCUGUCGAGGAUGAGGGCUGGGUGGAGGUGAGCAAAGACGAUAAAUGCGCAUUAAACAUAUUAGUACCUCCAAACUUGUGA